AUGGAUCAAGCUGUAUUAACACAUCUCGACUUCUCUGUUGGCAGGUUGGAGGGUUUGAAUCUCGAAUCUGGUGCAAUCGACUCCCCAAUUCUACAAUUGGGCGAUAUUGAAAAAGUACGCGGAAAAGGCCGCAACCCACCGAAAUGUACUCACAAUAACCAACCAUGUCAUAUUCAGGUAAAGUCGUUACAAGAAAGAGUCAAGUUUGCGGCUAUUGAUAUGGGGCCUUUUGAUGUGUAUGCAAUGUGUAUGCCAAUCUAA